CGAAUGUGUCUCUCCUGUGCCCAAUUGCGACAUUGUUACUCGAUACCUGGAGCCGACCGGCCAUGGCGACCUCCGACCAGCUCAAUGGCCGCCGACCCAGCAUCACCAAACUCCCUUCCGCCCCAUCGCUCAUGAUGAACUCGCACUUCGCCUCCGUGGGCGCGGAUGCGUCCAAGGACGCCUACGAGCAUGGCAUCCAGGUUAUUGAUGAGGACAAGGUGUUCAACCAGAACCUCUCCACCUACCUCCACGUCGAGAACGUCAUCCCCGCCGGUUUCAACUACCACCUCAUAUCCGUCUUCGGAUCGCAGUCGACGGGGAAAUCCACGCUGCUCAACUACCUCUUCAAGACCCAGUUUGGCGUCAUGUCCGAGCAGGAACGACGGCAGACGACGAAGGGAAUAUGGAUGAGCAAGAACAAGCGUGCGGCUGGGGAAAAGGGUAUGGCGGAGAACAUCCUGGUCAUGGACGUCGAGGGUACGGAUGGGCGCGAGCGCGGCGAGGACCAAGACUUUGAGAGGAAGAGCGCGCUGUUUGCGCUGGCGACGAGCGAGGUGCUCAUUGUGAAUAUCUGGGAGCACCAGGUGGGGUUGUAUCAAGGGGCGAAUAUGGGCCUGCUAAAGACGGUGUUUGAAGUCAACCUGCAGCUGUUUGUCAAGGACAGCAAGACUAUUCCCAAGUCUCUACUGUUCUUUGUCAUUCGAGAUCAUAUCGGAACCACGCCGCUCAAGAACCUGCAAAACACGCUCCUGCAAGACCUCUCAAAGCUGUGGUCGUCCAUAUCGAAACCGUCAGGCCUGGAAAACUCGCGCAUAGAAGACUACUUCGACUUCGCCUUCGUCGCCCUCCCUCACAAGAUCCUCCAGCCGGAGAAGUUCGAAGCCGAGGUCGAGAAACUGAGCACGCGUUUCAGGGAAGGGUACACCGACCCCAAGAAGAGCGGCCUCAUCGACGAAGCAGACCUCCCCGUCUUCCUCCCCCAGUACCACAGAAGGAUCCCCGCGGACGGCUUUGCGGUGUACGCUGAGAGUAUCUGGGACCAGAUCGUCAACAACAAAGACCUGGACUUGCCGACCCAACAGGAACUUCUAGCACAGUUCCGCUGCGACGAGAUAUCGCGAGAAGUCAUGAUCGCAUUCGACGAGAAGAUCACGCCUCUGGAAGACAAACAAGCCGAUGAUGCACGCAUAGGUAAACCAACAGUGAUCCCAGAUUUAGGCUCCGUCAUGAACGCCGCACGGUCCAAGGUCCUCAAGGAAUUUGAAACGAACGCCAGUCGGUAUCACAAGGGUGUCUACACGCGCAAGAAGGCCGAACUAGAAGGCAAAGUAGACACGAGGCUCAAGACGCUCUUCCAGAAACAACUCGCCGCAGCCCAUAAAUCCGGCAUCGAGACCUUCAGCGCCGCCGUCAGCGGAGCCGUGAAGACGGGCCAGAAAAAGGGCGCAACCUACGACUUCGCCGACAUCGUCGAAACGCAGAAAUCCGAAGCGCUGGCGAAAUUCGAACAAGAAGCGCAGGCCAUUGUCGUCGAGGGCGCGCCCUGGAGCAACUAUUCCCAGGAGUUGAAUCUGUACAGGAAAGAGUUGGACGAGGUGUCGUCGCAGUUGCGCAAGGAGGAAAUGCGGCGCCUCGCGACGCGCAUCGAGCGCUGGGUGCGCUCCCGCCUGGACGAAUUCAUCGGCCUCGAAUUCAACAGGCUCGGUUCCGGGCGCGGGGGGUCCGGCGCACCCGAGACGGGCGAUCGCCCCGCGAGCGAGAAGGACCUGUGGGAUCGCGUGUGGACGCUCUUCACGGACACGGUGUCGCAGGCGGAAUCGCGCUUCGAGGAGCGCGCGAAAAGCUUCUCGGCGUCCAACGACGAAGUCGAGGUCGGGCUGUGGCGGCUCCGGAGGAAGUCGUGGGGGGUGCUAAGGAGCAAGAUCGAGGAGGAGGUCAUGGAGGGCAAUAUCCUGCUCAAGCUGCGCGAGAAUUUCGAGGACCGCUUCCGCUACGAUGACCUCGGUGUGCCGCGCAUUUGGCGGCCUACGGAUGAUAUCGAGGGGGCGUAUACGCGGGCGCGGGAAGCGACUAUGGGGCUCAUACCGCUGCUCGCGCGGUUCAGAUUGAGUAGUACGGAUGCGGCGCCGCCGCUGGAUGCGUGGAUCGGCGAGGCGCCGGCGUCGGUGUCGGCUGCGGAUGAGGACGAUUUGGCGCCCAUAGGCGGCGUGGAUGAGGCCGAGGGGAAGAGCCUCGACGAGGAAAUGGUCGUCAUGAGUGAGGCCAAGCAGGCGGAUUUGCUCGUCCGGUUCAAGAAGAUGGCGGACGCCGUCUAUGUCGAGGCGAAGAGGGGUGCGCUGGGCGGCGUCACGCAGGUCCCGCUCUACUUUUACGGAUUGCUGCUUGCGUUGGGCUGGAAUGAGAUUGUCGCUGUGCUGCGCAACCCUAUCUACUUCCUCUUCCUCAUCCUCCUUGGCGUCGGCGCUUACGUCACGUACACACUCAACCUCUGGGGUCCCAUGGCCCGCAUGGCGGACGCGGCGUCAAGGCAAGCCAUCGAUAUCGGGAAGGAGCGUUUGAGGGAGUUCCUGGAGAACUCGGAUACGGGGAGGCAGGCUAUGGCUAUGGCGAAUGCGAGCUCGGGGCGCUCUGGGAGGGGAGACGAGGGCAUCAGGUUGCAGGAGUUGGAUGGGGAUGGGAAGAGGAGGAAGGGCGAGGAGGAGGACUUGAGUGAUAUCUAGGGGUAGGGAGGGGAGGGGUGAGGUUGGGGUCAAGGGAAGGUUUGGUGGAAGUGCUGUUGGGUAGAAGGCGGAAAGUUGGAUAUGAGAGCAGAGAGGGGAGGGUAGGUGGUUGACUAGUUUUAGGACGGUAGCAAGCAUUCCUGGAUAGACGCAAAUGCAGAC